UUGGUAGCCCUGGUCGAUCAGCUGGCCGAUGACAAUAGUAUUAAAGUACGAGCGAAAAAGUUUUUAAGCUCAGCAGGUGGCAAUGGAGAUGGAGAAUGCUCUAUAUGCAGAAGCCAAUGACAAAAUCCGGCUAGGCGAAGAGCUUAAGAAAUCUUUGGUCGAAUUCGAAGACAUUCCAGGAGUAGCCAAAGUGCAAAGGAAAAUAGAACAGGAACUUAAAUUUUUGGAAAAGGUUAUACGUACCAAAACCUUAAAGGAGAAUCACAUUACAAGCAGCAACUUCGUUAAUUAUGAAUUUCUAAUAAAAACGCUGCGCCUGCAACAAGGAGUUGUAGAUAUAAAUGCAGUAUUUAAUCUCGAAUCGCGUGAGAGUCCUCUGCGUGUAGAUAUUGUUGCGAAUAACGGUCUAAAGUGGAUAAAAGUAAUAGCACGCAAUUCUAAAUCUAUCGAAGAUGCUGCCAAAGGCUGCGUCAGCUUUGGCGCACGCAGUGUCUUGGAUCAGGCAAGCGAUUAUCUAGAAGCAAGCGAACUGCACUUCUGCAUGUUUCAACGCCCCAAGAUUGUUUUUUACUUCUCCAAUAAAAUUGACAGCUCGUUGCACGAUGAGCUCAAGGAAAUGGGAGUGCAAACUGCCUCGUUGGAAGAUCCCGACUUGGAUUUGGAUCAGUAUGCCACCUUGUCAAAUGAAUUAAACUUAGAUGUGACUACGUUGCUGGCUUACGUGAGCGCUCUUUCAAAUGGCGGCUGCCAUUACGUGUUUAAAGAACCGCUUCUAACUGAACAGGCUGAAAAAGAGCGCGAAUCUCCAGUUAAACCAAUACUCGACAAAAUAUUUAAAGACAAGCGCCUGGUGUGUUGCCAAUUAGCCAACGAUGCAUUUCAAAACAUUCUCAAUGUAUUGGGCGGGCCGAGUGAGCGCAAACUCGCUGAAGAGUUGAUGAAACGUGUAACAGUGUAUCCGGAUGUCGAGACGAUACCGCCAGAGUUUUCCAACAUACGAUUUACAGCUAAAGUAAAUGAACGAAGCUUAAAAAUAUUCAGUUUUGGCAUGGAUCGUAAAAUUUUUACAGUGACAUCCAAUAAAGCUUUUGUUAGAUCAGCUAAAAUGCAGGGCAUAAACGUGCCCGUUUUUGUGCAUGCGUCACGUGCGCUUACUGAGGGUAAACAGGCAACCGCUGUUCCGAUCUAAUGUUGUUAAUUUAUUAAAA